AUGGUCAAGAUGCUCUAUCAUCCAUACGUUGGCGGCGGUGGAUCGUCAUAUCAACAUCCAAUCUACCCCAGUCACUUCUUUCGUCAAGUGGACAUCAAUGGUUGGCUAUUUGACAUACUCCUACAGUUUGGAAAUGGUAGCAACAAGGUGUUCCUAUGCAUGGACUCUGAGUCCAAGGAACUGAGAGUAUGCAAGCAGAUUGAUUACGCGACAUUCACACAGAAGCAGUAUGAUAGGAUAUUCACAGAGAUUGCAGCGAUGCAACGAUUGAGGCACUGUCCACAUAUUGUCAAGUAUAUCAAUCAUUAUCGUGAUCCCGAGAUCAAGCGAGUAUACAUUGUGAUGGAAUACUGCGAAGGUGGCGACCUACAUCAAUACAUCCAAGACAUUGAACAAUCCAACGAAUCACUAAAGACAAUGAUAGUGCAUCAUUCAAUGUUGAGAAGAUCACAACUUAGAGAUACAUUCACAUUUGUCAAUGAAGAGACGAUAUGGAAGCAUUGCUCAGAGCUACUGAAUAUAUUGACAACACUGGACAAUCAUUCAAUCAUCCACUUCGACAUCAAACCUGGCAAUAUAUUCUUGAAGAACAAUCAGUUGGUACUUGGUGACUUUGGUUGUUCAAAGAUAAUCGAUGACUCUGACAGCGAAACAGACACCGAGUCUGACAAAGGUGAUGAUGGUGAUGAUGACAGCGACAGUGACAGUGACAGUGAUACAGGGUCUGGCGACACCGAGUCCAGUGACCAGGGAAGAGAUCAUCGUAUAGUGAUCGAGAUCAGCAACAGCAGCAACAACAUCAACAACAAUAACGUGGACAAUGACACUAUGCAAGUACCAGUGCAAGCGCCAAUGACAGCUGGUGGCAUAUGUGAGAUGAUUAGACAAAUCAAUCUGAGUAGCAUCAGUGAUACAAGCUCGGGACAAUCAUCCGGAAUAGUUGGAACACUUGGAUACCUUGCUUUGGAAGUGGCGCAGAAAGCGGACGACAUUGACUCACGAGCAGACAUAUACUCUGUCGGGUCAACCAUUCUUCGACUUCUCUCAUGCCAUCCAGACGAUGAGAGGAAUCAUUCAUUGAUAGAGGACGACAGGGACAAUGUAGUUAUAUCCGAACAAAGAUACUCGGCGGACCUUCGCGAGUUUGUAAAGUCGCUGCUGCAGGCCAAGCGUGAAGACCGUGCUACGCUUCAAAAGAUCCUGAAGCAUGCUCAUCCUAAUGUUACAUAUGGCCAGAAGACAUAUGUAAUCUACAUCAACAUGCCAUUCGUACAUCCAAUCCCCGACACUGUGGAGAGGCUGUACUUCCUCCAAGACUUUAACCAGCCCAUUGAGCGGGGCACCCUUCCAGCGUCACUGCUUUCGAUCAAGUUUGAUGGCGCCUUCAAUCAACCGAUAUGGCCGGGCACCAUACCAUGCUCGGUGCGCUCGAUCAAGCUCCACGGAUCGUUCAAUCAACCGAUAAUUCCAGACUCGUUCCCGGCUUCGCUUCAGGUCCUGAGUCUCAGCUCCUUUUUCGAUCGACACCUGGCUUUCGGCUCCCUCCCCGAGCACCUUGAGCAUCUGAGCUUUGGCAAGGAGUUCAACCAGGUACUGCCUGUUGGUACCCUGCCCUCUACUCUAAAGUUCCUGCGCUUUGGUGACCAGUACAACCAGGUUCUGCCGGUCGGAGCCCUGCCCUCGGCGUUGGAGUGCUUGCGAUUCGGGGAUGAGUUCAACCAGGCACUUCCGGCCGGCACCCUUUCAUCCUCACUCAGACAGCUCGUAUUUGGAAAGUCAUUCAAACAACUUCUUGGUGAUUGCCAUCUUCCAGAGCAUCUGGCCGUUCUUGUUAUGAGCUGGUACUAUAAGGAUGCCAUCCCACGCAAUGUUCUGCCGGCAGGUCUGCGUGAACUAGUCUGUAGGCGGUCUGUGGCACCAACUUCUAGCGUACCCAGGUCACCAGCUUCGGCACUUUCCAAGACCAAUGGCCAUAGCAAACGAAGGAAGAACAUUACAACCUCUGCUGCGGUACCAGGACAUGGCGGUCACUACCCAUCUACCCUUACCAUCUUUACAAUAUGGCGCAACAAGAGGUUUUUGAAUGGAACAAAGAAGAUACCAACACAGAGCAGGAGUAGAAGUAGUAGUGGAACAAGUAGUACAGGCAAUAAACCUCGCUAA